UGCCUACAAGAUUUUGCGGUAUCUGGUUUUUUGGAUUUAACUUUUACUACCCUGAAAGAUUGUGUGGAUUUCUUUGAAGCCUGGAAGAAGAAAGAGGGUCAUAAGCUGCUUGAAGGACUGCAGCUCCAGCCAUUGUUUGUCCAGGACUUCAUCCCUCUUAUAAUUCAUGUAUACAACCCCUUUGUAGAGGAUUCGGACGUCCUGGCGUUAGUUAAGCGAUAUUGUGAAGCUGUGAGAGGAGGAGAACAUUUAAAAGACCGUUUUGGGAUUUGGAAUGGGAAGAGGAGGUACAUGGUGAAGCUGAAAAUUGACCCCUCUGUACAAGGUAGUGUGUUACAUCCUCCAGGCAGUUUUUCAAUUGGACCAAACAAAGGUUACUUGUACUAUCCUGGACAACCUCUAUAUUGUCGACGGUGUGGAGGACAGGGUCACGUGAAGGUUGAUUGCAAAGGAGAGAGAUGCAGAUUUUGUGGUGAGUCCAACCAUGUGGCAGGUAUAUGCACGGCUCCAAAGCGUUGCAGUUUAUGUGGAAGUGAUGAGCAUCUGUAUCGGGGCUGUCCAGGCAGGAAGAAAAGUUAUGCCAGUUUAUUUAAAGAAGGGGAAGACUUGCUGGGUGACUGUAAAGCCCUUGUUGGUGAGUGGUCCAGCUCAUCAGCAAGACAGACUGCACAUGCUGCUGAAGCCAGUAAGCACAGAUGGGAGCGGACAGCUGAAGUGAAUGAUAAGAUACUUUAUCGAAGGGAGACAUCCCCAGUGGCGGAGGAACGGUUGAUUGAAAUAAUUUCAGGUGAUGCAGAGGAGCCAAUUAAGGACAUGGAUCAGAAGGAGGACGGAGAUAACAAGAUGGAGGUAUCAGGAGGAAGAGGGCGUCGGCGUGCAGUUGAAAAGGAUGACUGUGAAGAAGAGGAAAGAGAGUGGAAGUGCUCGAAGCUCGAAGCUGCAAGGACUCUUGUUUCUUUAGAGGACUUAUUAGAUUUGCAAGAUCAACAGGUGGACAACUGGGAAUGGGGAGAGUGUGAGGCAGAUGGAGAAGAAGAUUCUCAGGAAUGGACUGAUGUAGUUGCAAGGAGAGUGAAGGGGAAGGGAGGCGGAAGUAGUGUUGGCAAAAAAGUCCUUUAAGUUUAAACAUUUCUAGGGAUAGUUGUGAUGUGCUGUUCAAAAUGUGCUAACUUUAAAAUUGGAAUGUUGUGAUUUUUGAGUUUGAAGUGAAUGUUGUAUGAGUUUUGGAGUUUAAUAAAAAAAAAAAA